AUGGCAAACAGGAGACGUAGAAAUACCGCUGGCGCUGAUGAGAUUGCUAACGCAAUCCACAGGAUGGUGGAUGCUAUGCAGCCUGUGGCAGCACCACCGCGGGCUAUGAUUCCACCCGUCAGGCCAGUGACGAUGGAAGACUUUAUGCGUCACAAGCCGGCUAAAUUCACUGGGAAAGCCACCCCAGAUGAGGCUGACGCAUGGCUGCGGGAAUUGACUGAAGCCGAGUAUUGGUGGAUGAGUAUGCAGCAACAGAUGAUAAAUAGAGCUGAAGAUGUGACUUGGGCUAACUUCAGGACGAGGUUCCUGGAGAAAUAUUUCCCAGAUAGCGCUAAACAUGAGCGCGAGGCAGAAUUUCUCACUCUACAGCAAGGGAGUCUAUCCGUGCAAGACUAUGUGGAGAGGUUUGAGUACCUCUCGAGAUUCUACUCCCAGACGGUGACGGAGGAAUGGCGCUGUAGGAAGUUUGAGGGCGGCCUCAAGCAUGAACUGAGGCGUUUCAUAGUGCCACUGAGGGUGCGAGAGUUUCCUAUCUUGGUGGAGCAGGCCAAGAGUGUGGAGCAGCUGGAGAGGGGACCCAGCCUAGUUAACCGUACACCGAGGAAUAGUGCUGAGGGCAGACUUCAGAAGAAGCCCUAUAGCAGACCAGUUGCGUCUUCAUGGAAACCGAGGUGCUAUAACUGUGGGGGUGAACAUCUGCAGCGAAAUUGUACUAUACCCGCCCGCAGCGGAGGCAGUGGCAUGGGCACUCGUAAGUGCUAUGCCUGUGAUCAGCCAAGACACUUUGCCGAUAGGUGUCCUAAUAGGAAGACUGCACCAGCAUCACGACCUCAGCCAUCCUCUUCCGACAGGCCGAGAGCCGCAGGCCGGGUUUUUGCCAUGACCAGCACAGAGGCCACCCGGUCAGGUAAUCUGAUUCUGGACCAUUGUUUACUUUAUGGUAACAGUGUGUUAGUGUUAUUUGAUUCAGGAGCUUCGCACUCCUUCAUAUCCCAUGAUUGUGUGAAGAAAUUGGGGUUGUCCACUCGUGACCUCGGAUGCGAGUUGAUAGUCUCGACACCCGCAUCUGGACAGGUUUCAACAAACGUAGCCUGUGUUGGAUGCUUGAUGGAGGUGGAGGGCAGACGCUUCAAGGUGAAUCUAGUCUGUUUUCCUUUGGAGGGAUUGGAGGUCAUACUGGGAAUGGACUGGCUGUCUAUCAACCAUGUGGUGCUUGAUUGUGGACGGCGCAGAAUUGUGUUCCCAGAAGCAGAAGGGAUAGAGUUGGUAACGUCUGGAGAGGCAGUGAAAGAGAUGAAGAGAGGGUCGACGUGUUUUGUGAUAGUGGCCCAAGAGAAGAAAAUGAGUGCAGAAGAGCAGAUCAGUAAGAUACCGGUGGUGGAUGAAUAUGCUGAUGUAUUUCCAGACGAGAUACCCGAGUUACCACCCAGCCGGGAUAUAGAUUUCUCAAUUGAUCUAAUCCCUGGAGCGGUGAAGAAGAAAGACGGUAGUUCGCGACUAUGUGUCGAUUAUCGGCAGUUGAACAAAUUGACGAUAAAGAACAAGUACCCACUGCCUAGAAUCGAUGAUUUGCUUGAUCAGCUCAGAGGGGCAGGAGUAUUCUCUAAGAUUGAUUUGAGGUCUGGCUAUCAUCAGAUCUUAGUCAAGCCGGAGGAUGUCCAGAAGACAGCCUUUAGAUCGAGAUAUGGACAUUACGAAUAUGUCGUGAUGCCCUUUGGAGUGACAAACGCCCCAGCUGUCUUCAUGGAUUAUAUGAACCGCAUCUUCAGACCGUAUCUGGACAGAUUUGUGGUAGCGUUUAUAGAUGAUAUUCUCAUCUACUCACAGACUAGAGAGGAGCAUGCUGAUCAUCUGAGAAUUGUGCUGGAGGUAUUGAGGGAACAUCAGCUGUACGGUAAACUGUCCAAAUGUGAAUUUUGGUUGGACGAGGUGCAGUUUUUGGGACACGUAAUUUCUUCACGUGGUAUAUCAGUGGACCCGAGUAAGAUUGAGACGGUGUUGAAAUGGGAGAGACCUCAAACUGUAACAGAAGUCAGAAGUUUCUUGGGAUUGGCUGGAUAUUACAGGAGGUUUGUGGAAGGGUUUUCUAAGAUGGUGAGUCCAUUAACUCAACUCACUAGGAAGGAUCAACCCUUCUCAUGGACUGAUAAAUGCGACGAAUGCUUUGAAGAGAUGAAAAGGAGGUUGACUACCGCUCCGAUUUUGAUUAUUCCAGAUACCAGCAAGAUGUUUGAGGUAUACUGCGAUGCAUCCUACCAGGGUUUGGGUUGUGUACUAAUGCAGGAGAAGAGGCCAGUAGCUUAUGCCUCUAGACAGUUGAAGGUGCACGAGAAAAACUACCCUACCCACGAUCUAGAGUUGGCUGCUGUAGUGUUCGCUCUUAAAACAUGGAGACACUAUUUGUAUGGCUCCCAAUUUCAGGUAUUUAGUGAUCACAAAAGCCUGAAAUAUCUGUUCGAUAAGAAGGAGCUAAAUAUGAGACAACGGCGCUGGAUGGAAUAUCUCAAGGAUUACGAUUUCGAGUUGCUUUACCACCCUGGUAAAGCUAAUGUGGUUGCGGAUGCCUUGAGUCGGAAACGGAUGCACAUCUCAGCUAUGAUGGUGAAGGAGUUGGAGUUAAUUGAGAAGCUCCGGGAUAUGAAUCUGGGUAUGCAGCUGAGUGAGGAUUGCAUCAAAUGUGGAGUGCUUACACUGACUAGUGAUGUAUUGGGGGCUAUCCGAGAUCGACAGAAGGAUGAUGCUGAGUUACAGCAAUUUGCGAGCUGGAUAGGGACUGAGAAGGGGAAAGACUACCGGAUUGGGACAGAUGGUAUCCUGAGGUUCAGAGAUCGGGUCUGUGUGCCUGGAGAUUGGAGGUUGAGGAAACAGAUUCUAGAGGAGGGCCAUAAAAGUCGUCUUAGCAUACAUCCAGGUAUGACUAAGAUGUAUCACAACUUGAAACAGUCUUUCUGGUGGAACGGGAUGAAGACUGACAUUGCAGACUUUGUGGCAUCGUGCUUGGUAUGUCAGAAGGCCAAGAUUGAACAUCAGCGACCGGGGGGUACACUGGAGUCAUUGGAUAUUCCUCAAUGGAAAUGGGACAGUGUAGCUAUGGAUUUCGUCACACACUUGCCGAAGUCUGUGAAGGGGCACGACUCAAUCUGGGUAAUAGUGGACAGAUUGACAAAGUGUGCUCACUUCCUUGCUAUUAAUCAAAAGUGGUCUAUGGACAGAUUGGCUGAGUUGUACGUGAGAGAAGUGGUCAGGUUGCAUGGUGUGCCGGCCAGUAUAGUGUCAGAUAGAGAUCCGAGAUUCACUUCUCGUUUUUGGCAGUCAUUACAGGCAGCGUUGGGGACCCAGUUGAGGAUGAGUUCUGCAUACCACCCUCAGACUGAUGGGCAGUCGGAGCGUACCAUUCAGUCCUUGGAAGAUCUGUUGAGGGCUUGUGUAUUGGAUCACAUGGGUAGUUGGAGUGAGAUGCUUCCCUUAGUGGAGUUCACAUACAACAACAGUUAUCACACCAGCAUCGGUAUGGCUCCAUAUAAGGCGUUGUAUGGGCGGCGGUGUAGGACGCCACUGUGUUGGAACCAGGAUGGGGAAUCAUUGGUGUUGGGUCCUGAGUUUUUACAACAAACCUCUGAGAAGAUUCUGAGGAGAAUUGGAGUUGCAGCGUAUGAGAUCGCCUUACCACCACAUCUGACGAAUCUGCAUAACGUGUUCCACGUUUCCCAGUUGAGGAAAUAUGUUGCAGACCCGUCACACGUACUGGAGUCCGAUGAUAUUCAGAUUCGGGAGGAUUUGACGGUGAGCACUGGGCCAGUGCGAAUUCUGGAUUCACAGGUGAAGCAGCUGCGGGGGAAGGAAAUUAAGACUGUGAAAGUGCUGUGGGAUGAGACUACCCAGGAGAUGACCUGGGAGAUGGAGGAUCGCAUGAAGCAAACCUAUCCGCACCUAUUUCCUGGUGAGCAAACUAGAAAUUUCACAUGUGGGAAGGCUUUGUGUAGAGGAAAGGUUGUUAGCCAUGGUGGUAACCAAGAUCAUCAUGCCUGGGGGAGCAAUCAUUCAACCUUGAAUGAAGGUGAUCUUGUGGUGAUGUACUGCAAUCAAAAUGGUAUGAUGGUGGACUGGACAUACACUAUUCGUGACCACAUGAUGAAGGCAAAGAGGCUCACGGAUUUCAAGCUUCCAUAUGUGGUGCUUAUCUCCAAGUUCAUUGAGCAUUUUGGUGUGGAUGUGGAAGGAGAGCUUGAGGAGUCUACUGGACUUCUAAAUCAUGUUUCAACACUAAAUAUGCACAAGAUGGGAUUCACCAAGAUAGGCAAUACUUGGCUGGUUGAAGGAGAUCAAGGUGCUAAUAUUGAGGUUGGAGCCAAUGACCAUGAAGUGGGAACUAGUGGAGGAAACCAAGGGGAAGAUGAACUACAGCCUAUAGCAAUUGAGGUUUAUAACCCUCCUGAGAAUAUUGGACCUGCAUACUCCCAAUUUGAGAGAAUGGUUCUCAACUAG